AUGCAGGCACUUGUCAUUCUUUCGCUUCUGGCCAGCUACGCCAGCGCCCAAGGGGCGUCGGGCUCUGGUCAAACAACACGGUACUGGGAUUGUUGCAAACCGUCAUGUGGCUGGGGCAUGAAGACCAACAGCGGCAAAUACAUCCAAACGUGCGACAAGUCGGACAACCCGCUGGGCUCCUCGGACACCAAGAGCGGGUGCGACAGCGGCGGGUCGGCGUACAUGUGCUCGAACCAGAGCCCCUGGGCCGUCAACGACACGGUGGCGUACGGCUGGGCGGCGGUCAAGCUGGCGGGCUCCAACGAGCAGACGUGGUGCUGCGCCUGCUACGAGCUGACGUUUACGAGCGGGCCCGUCGCCGGCCAGAAGAUGGUGGUCCAGGCCAGCAACACGGGCGGCGACCUCGGCCAGAACCACUUUGACAUUGCCAUGCCCGGCGGCGGCGUCGGCCUGUUCAAUGCCUGUACCAAUCAGUACGGAGCGCCGCCCCAGGGUUGGGGACAGCAGUAUGGUGGUGUCUCGUCCCGGUCUGAUUGCGAUUCGUUCCCGGAGAAGCUCAAGGCGGGUUGUUACUGGCGAUUCGACUGGUUCAAGGGCGCUGAUAACCCCAGUGUCACGUUCAAGCAGGUGGCCUGUCCCCAGGCCAUUACCUCCAAGAGUGGCUGUGUGAGGAGCAACGAUGCUAUUGAUGAGACGCCCACUUCUGGAUAA